AUGGCAGGAAGUUGCAUCAACACCAUUAACAAUCUCAAAGUUUGUCUCAACAAUAAGUUCAGAAUCAAGGAUCUUGGGAAUUUGAAAUUCUUUCUAGGUAUUGAAGUGGCAAGGACCAAACAAGGGAUAUAUAUAUGUCAAAGAAAAUAUGCUCUAGACAUCUCGACAGACUCAGGUACUUUUGGUUCAGCUCCUGCAAGAAUCCCCCUUGACCAGAACUUGAGGCUCAGCAAGGAUGAGGGAGAAUUACUUCCAGAUCCUUCACUCUACAGAAGUCCCAGAACUCCACAUUUAAAUGCUGCUCAUAAAGUCCUCAGGUAUAUCAAGAGAGUACCUAGACAAGGAUUGUUUUAUCCCGCAAAUUCAAAGCUGCAAUUGGAAGGAUACUGUGAUUCGGACUGGGGAGCUUGUCCGGACACCAGAAGAUCUACAACGGGUUAUUGUGUAUUCAUUGGGACAACCUUGAUAUCAUGGAAGUCAAAGAAACAACAUGUCAUAUCUCGAUCUUCAGCCGAAGCGAAAUAUAGGGCAAUGGCAAAUCUUUGCUGUGAAUUUGCCUGGCUCAGAUACUUGCUCAAGGAUUUACAAGUUGAUCAUCCUCAGGCAGCAGUCUUAAAUUGUGACAACAAGGCUGCAAUCCACAUUGCAACAAACCCGGUGUUCCAUGAAAGAACCAAACACAUAGAACUAGAUUGCCAUCUUAUUCGAGACAAGGUACAAGAUGGCAGCAUUGUUACCCAACACGUCAAUAGCACACUACAAAUUGCAGACAUCUUGACUAAGGCUUUGAGUUCUCAAAAGCAGCUCCUAAAUUUAAUUGGAGUCAAGAGCUUAGGACCACUUUAUGUUCUUGCUAAUUUGAAGGAGCUUUUGAGGACCACCCUUUCUUCAGAAUAUAGAUGCCAAUUUUUUAAGGAGCACCUUGGCAUAAAUCUUGAUCCAUUUGUUGGAUAA